AUGCCAACCAGCACGUCUGCGCCUGAAAAAUCGAGACAGACCUCCGCUGGGAAGUCGUUCUUUGGAAGGAAGUUACACAAAGAGAAGUCGGUAGACGAACGUUACGACUCGCAUGGCUCGCACGAUAGCCUGGCGCCUCCUGGGAGCGCCCCCGGCUCUCGCUCAUCCCGCCAUUCCAAACGGUCCUCCGUCCAGUCCGUGGAUUAUCCCCACGAGUUUGAUCCCACGGGCGUGUCCAUGACCGCAGGUGUCCUGACUUCAAUCCCCUACGAGAGCUUGCCCGCCGAUACCCGAUCGCCUGUCUCCGUCGAUCACCUGUCAAGACCUAGCUCGUCCUCACGCAAAGAACCGUCGCCUAACCAUCUCGCCAAAGGAAACAGCGACUACCACCAGUACCCGGCAUGGAACCCGGCCAGCGUCCCCAACAAUAACACCACCACCGCCAACAACACCAACAGCGCUUCGUCGCACCCAACUGGCCCCCGGCCACCUCCGCAUGGCUUGAAUGUGACCAUGACUGCAAGUACAUCGGGGGACAAGGGCGCUCGAUAUCAACAGUGGGGACGCCCGGGCAGCUCUGCCGCCAAUACUGGCUUUAGCCAUAGCUCCUCUUCUACGCUUGAUUCGUCGGCGCAGUCGCGGUUGUCCUUCGAUCAGCUUAGUGUUCAUUCAUCGAUGUCAUCUAACACUCGUGGCUCAAGCUAUUAUGCAUCAGAGAGCUCGUCGCGCACGCUGACACCUUCGCAUUCCGCCGAUCGCACAACCUACGCAUCAAAUGGCAGUUCAGGCCGCCUGUCGAAUGCACAGGCAGCAUGGCAAUCAACCCAGCCCGCUCAACCACCCAAGAUUCCGGUCAACCAGGAGCAAUACCUCGCCCGGCCGAGGGACGAUCGAGUGGUGGAUCAACUGUUUAUCGAGCUGAUGCAGAAACGAGGAUGGCAGAACCUCCCGGAGCAGGCCAAACGACAGAUGCUCGCUUAUCCGGCUUCGAAGAAGUGGACCUUAGUGCACCAGGAUCGGUUGACGGAGAUACAGGGGGAACAGAAGCGGCGCCAAAAUGCUCGGCAGACUCACGGCCAUGAUGGACCCUCGGGUAUCCUGGAACGCGCUGAUGAGGAGGGCAGCCCCGAGUGGUAUGUGAAGAAGGUUAUGGACGAUUCAAUCACCUCGAAACAGUUGGCCAGUCUAAGUGUCAGCCUACGAACGCAGCCAAUCAGUUGGGUCAAGGCGUUUGUUGAGGCGCAGGGUCAGAUUGCUUUGACAAAUGUGCUUGCCAAGAUCAAUCGAAGGAAGGCUACAGGUGUCGUCCCAGCUCCCCCGACAGGGGAUAAGGAUUUGGAUCGUGAAUAUGACAUUGUCAAAUGUUUGAAAGCCCUGAUGAACAACAAAUACGGAGCAGACGAUGCUCUUGCACAUCAACAGGUCAUUGUGGCUCUUGUUAGCUCACUGCUAUCCCCUCGACUGAAUACGCGAAAGCUGGUCAGCGAAGUCUUAACCUUUCUCUGUCACUGGGCCGAAGGUCAUGGGCACCAGAAGGUCCUCCAGGCUAUGGAUCAUGUUAAGAAUCAUCAUGGGGAAACCGGCCGCUUUGACGCUUGGAUGCGUAUUGUGGAGGUGACCAUCGAUGGCCGAGGGAAAAUGGGCAGCUUGGUUGGCGCAAGUGAAGAAUAUCGCAGCGGCGGCAUAGGCAUGGAGAAUCAUCUCAUGGAAUAUGCUGUUUCAACCAUGCUGCUCAUCAAUAUGUUGGUGGAUGCGCCCGAGAGCGAUUUGCAGCUCCGCUGUCAUAUUAGGGCCCAGUUCAUUUCUUGCGGCAUUAAGCGCCUCAUGACCAAGAUGGAAGGCUUUCAAUACGAGGUCAUCGAUAAGCAAAUUGAACGGUUCAGGGAUAACGAAGCCAUUGACUACGAAGACCUGCUGCAACGGGAGAGCAGCAGUAUGAAGGACAGCAUCGAGGGCGAGGUCAAGGACAUGAGUGAUCCUUUGCAAAUCACAGACGCCAUCACCGCCAGGAUCCAGGGCACUCGGGCUCAUGAUUACUUCCUAUCGGCCAUGCAGCACAUGCUCCUGAUCCGGGAGAAUUCUGGCGAGGAUGGCCUUCGUAUGUACCAGCUGGUGGACGCUAUGCUCAGCUAUGUCGCUAUGGACCGUAGGCUUCCCGAUCUUGACCUCCGACAAGGGUUGACCUUCACCGUGCAAAGUCUGCUGGACCGCCUGCAUACAGACUCCGAGGCAAGACGGGCUUACGAUGAAUCCUUGGAAGCUCGCCAGAUCGCGGAGGCUGCGCUUGCGGAGCGCGAUGAGAUGAAGGCCCAGGUAGAGCUUGGCGCAGAUGGCUUGGUUAAGAAGCUGCAGAAACAGAUCGAUGAGCAGACAGGGAUUAUCGAGCUGCAACGGAGACGUGAGGAAGCGAUGCAGGCGGAGCUUGCGGAUGUUCAGAGACUGCGGGCUCAAGAGUUACAGCGGAAUGAGCUGGAAACUCGAGAACUCUACCUCAUGCUCCGAGACGCUCAAGAUAUAGCUGCAUCGAAUGCCAAGAAGAGCAACAUGGCCGAAGCGGAUCCUUCACAGAUGAGAGGCAUCCUCGACCGAGAGAAGCUUCUGGAGCGAUUGGAGAUGCAGCUCGAGCGGACCAAGACACAAUUCAAGCUGGAGGGCAAGGUAUGGGGUCAACAUGUCACCUCAGAUAGACUGCGUGAGCUUCGAGAGCAGAUGGAUGGCGAAGCCGAUGCCGACAAUGAGUUUGGACAACGGACAGGUCAAGGCCUGGACAUCAACGCCUUUGGAUCGGUUCACCGGAAGAGAAGCCACCUGCCGGGCAUGGACCAAGACGACAGUUCCGAGAUUCAGACGCCGGUCGAUGAAUCCGGUGAGGUCAUAUACGAGAAGGCACGCCUUGUGGAUCUUCAUCGGCCCAAAGUCAACCCUAAGCAAGCAAACGGUCUCCUGGGAGAAAUUGCCUCGAAGGUUCCUAAGAUUGAUGCUGAGGACGCUGAGGAUGCUGAGGCAAAUGGCUCCGUGGACAGCAAACUUGCUGGACCUGGAACAGAAGAUCCCACUGCCAGCUCACAUCAAGAAGGAGCCAGGGUCGAGGGUGCAACUGAAAAGGUCGAGAAUAAAGGUGCUCCUGCUCCUGCUCCUGCUCCUCCACCCCCACCCCCACCCCCGCCCCCGCCUCCUCCCGCCCCAGGAGGGCUGGGGUUCGCUCCUCCCCCUCCUCCCCCUCCUCCGCCUCCUCCUGCGCCAGGAGGGCUGGGGUUUGCUCCCAGGAGGGCUGGG